AUGUGUCGUAACCGUUCAGUAUCUUGCAUUCAUAUCGCUGUUGCGUAUGCACCAACAUUCAGUAGAUCACGUGAGGAGAAAGCUGCGUUCUAUGAAAGUUUGCAGUCCUUCCUUGAUAGUGUACCCAGGAGUGACCAGUAUGUCAUACUCGGCGAUUUCAAUGCUCGUGUUGGUGUUGGUACUGCUGGAGACGAGUGGAGCCGCGUAAGGGGUACACAUGGACAUGGCGUCAUGAAUUCUGCUGGAGAGGAUUUACUAAACUUCCUGGCCAGAAACAGUGUGCUCAUCUGCAACACCUGGUUCAAGAAGAAGGACAUCCACAAGCACACGUGGCACCAUCCCAGGUAUGGGCAGCCUCAUUGUAUCGACUACUGCAUUAUUCCAGAGUCAUGUCAGCGUCAAUGUCUGGAUUGUCAAGUUCUCCGCUCUGCGGAGUGUGACACCGACCAUAAGUUCCUCGCCAUGAGAUGCCGCUUGGCAGCGGUGCCCAGUUUCUGCAGGCAAAGUAAACCAGCCAACAAACCCAUCGCUUCCGCAGUCCUAACGGCUCCCUCCAAUGAUGAAGUGCGAGAAAAAUAUUCCACUAGUCUUGAUGCUGCCUUGGUUCAGAACUGGCCAGAUGAGCUAUCUGUGGACGGAUGCUGGGCUGCGUUGAAAACUACGGUGGCGGACGUCGCUCAGAAAUGCCUUGGCAGAGAGCGGCGCAAACAACCAGACUGGUUCCUGGACAAUCGACCGAAGAUUGAGGCUGCCCUCCGUGAGCGAGACGAUUGCUACCGAGCCUGGAUGUCGACCAACAGGGCAAGUGAUCAGAAGCUGUAUAAGAAGGCCCGAAGUUCAGCUCGCCGUAUCGUUCGUCAAGCAAACCAGGACUGGCUGAGAAAGCAGGCUCGGGACUGCGAACGCUUUAGUCAAACAUCUAAGGGAGGCUGGGAGUGCAUCAAGAGGAUCCAAACUGCACUUGAUGGAUUGCAGCCCCGCAAAACAGCUGCUAUCAAGAAUGCGCAGGGUGUUGUGUGCGAGACACCAGAGGCAACAGGUACGCGAUGGCGGGAGCAUUUUGACGGUGUCCUAAAGGUGAUCAGUGAUUUUGUCCCAGAUGCCAUUGAUUCCAUUGGGCAGCUCCCGAUUCGGCUUGACCUUGAGAACGCCCCAGCCUGCAGCGAGAUACACCGUGCUAUGCGAGCGCUUCAAAAUGGCAAAGCAUGUGGCCGAUCAGAGAUAACAGCGGAGAUGCUCAAGUGCGGCUCUGAACUGGUGCCUAGGUUGGAGAUGUUGUUGGCUGAAGUGUGGCGGACGGAAAGAGUUCCUCAGGAUUGGGCAGACGCCAUCUUAAUCCCAAUUCCCAAGAAAGGUGAUCUUAGUGACUGUGGUAACUGGCGAGGCAUCGCGCUUCUAGACGUGGUCGGCAAGCUCGUGGCAAGAAUAAUAUCGGAUCGCCUGCAGCUGGUUGGAGAGGAAUACCUGCCUGACUCCCAGUGUGGUUUUCGCCGUGGUAGGGGAUGCUUAGACAUGGUGUUCUUAGUACGCCAGGUUGCCGAGAAAUUGCAUGAGCAUUCAUCAAAGGGCAUCAAAGGGCUUUGCGGUGUUCAUCGACUUGCGCAAAGCAUACGAUUCAGUACCUAG